CCUCCCUCCUCGGCUGGUCCCUUUCUGGCUUCUACUGCAAUGGCGGAGCAACAGCAGUUCUACCUCUUAUUGGGGAAUCUCAUGAACCCUGACAACAGUGUCAGGAAACAAGCAGAGGAAACAUAUGACACCAUCCCUGGAGCAACAAAGAUCACAUUCUUGUUGCAGGCAAUCCGUGAUGCAUCCGCUGCGGAGGAGGUUAGGCAAAUGGCGGCUGUGCUCCUGCGACGGUUGCUGUCCUCAUCUUUUGAAGAAGUCUAUCCAGGCCUAACACUGGACAUUCAGACUGCCAUCAAGACAGAGCUGCUCGCCUGUAUCCAAUUGGACGGUUCAUCCAGUAUCCGUAAGAAGGUCUGCGAUGUAGCUGCGGAGCUGGCCCGCAAUCUUCUUGAUGAUAAUGGAAACAAUCAGUGGCCAGAAAUUCUCAAAUUUCUGUUUGAAUCGGUCAACUCGCAGAACGUGGCUCUGCGGGAAGCCGCACUUCAUAUUUUCUGGAAUUUCCCUGGUAUCUUCGGUAACCAGCAGCAACACUAUAUGGACGUCAUCAAGCGCAUGUUGGUACAGUGCAUGCAAGACCAGGAGAACCCACAGAUUCAGACCCUGGCUGCACGAGCCACAGCAUCCUUCAUUCUGUCCAACGAGAGUAAUAUGGCACUGCUGAAACACUUCUCAGACCUCCUUCCUGGCAUACUACAGGCAGUCAAUGAGUCCUGUUACCAAGGUGAUGACUCCGUGCUGAAGUCUCUGGUAGAAAUUGCAGACACUGCACCUAAAUAUCUGAGGCCAAACCUGGAGGCUGCUCUACAGCUCUGUCUCAAGCUUUGUGGGGACACCAACCUGACUAACAUGCAGAGGCAGUUGGCUUUGGAAGUUAUCGUCACUCUGUCGGAAACAGCUGCCGCCAUGCUGAGGAAACACACUGCCAUAGUGGCCCAGAGCGUUCCUCAGAUGUUGUCCAUGAUGGUGGACCUGGAAGAGGAUGAUGAGUGGGCAAUGGCAGAUGAGCUUGAAGAUGAUGACUUUGACAGUAAUGCUGUGGCUGGUGAGAGUGCCCUGGACAGAGUUGCCUGUGGUCUAGGAGGGAAAAUGGUGCUACCCAUGAUUAAGCAACACAUUAUGCAGAUGCUGCAAAACCCUGACUGGAGGUACAGGCACGCUGGGUUAAUGGCGCUCUCUGCCAUUGGUGAGGGCUGCCAUCAGCAGAUGGAGUCAAUUUUGAAUGAAAUUGUCAGCUUUGUUCUGCUCUUUUGCCAGGAUCCUCACCCAAGAGUUCGAUAUGCUGCUUGCAAUGCCAUUGGUCAGAUGGCCACAGAUUUUGCCCCUACCUUCCAGAAGAAGUUCCAUGACAAGGUCAUCUCCGCCCUGCUGCAGACCAUGGAAGACCAGUCGAACCCCCGCGUUCAAGCCCACGCGGCUGCAGCUCUGAUCAACUUCACGGAGGACUGCCCCAAAGCUCUCCUCAUUCCCUACCUGGACAGUCUGGUUCAACACCUCCACGUCAUCAUGGUUGCCAAGCUCCAGGAGCUGAUUCAGAAAGGCACCAAACUGGUGCUGGAGCAGGUGGUGACUUCAAUUGCUUCAGUGGCUGACACGGCUGAGGAGAAGUUUGUGCCGUACUACGACCUUUUCAUGCCCUCUCUUAAACACAUCGUGGAGAAUGCCGUUCAGAAGGAGCUUCGUCUGCUCAGGGGCAAGACUAUCGAGUGCAUCAGUCUGAUUGGACUGGCUGUGGGCAAAGAGAAGUUCAUGCCUGAUGCAUCAGCUGUAAUGCAGUUACUCCUGAAGACACAGACUGACUUCAAUGACUUGGAGGAUGAUGAUCCACAGAUCUCCUACAUGAUUUCUGCAUGGGCCCGGAUGUGUAAAAUCCUAGGGAAAGAGUUCCAGCAGUACCUGCCUGUGGUUAUGGGCCCGCUCAUGAAAACGGCCUCCAUCAAGCCCGAAGUAGCCCUCUUGGAUACUCAGGACAUGGAGAACAUGUCUGAAGAUGAUGGAUGGGAGUUUGUGAAUCUGGGAGACCAACAGAGCUUUGGAAUCAAGACUGCUGGAUUAGAAGAGAAGGCUACAGCUUGUCAGAUGCUGGUCUGCUAUGCCAAGGAGCUGAAGGAAGGUUUUGUGGAGUACACAGAGCAAGUAGUGAAGCUAAUGGUCCCUUUGCUAAAGUUUUACUUCCAUGAUGGUGUGCGAGUAGCCGCCGCCGAGUCUAUGCCAUUGUUGCUGGAGUGCGCACGCGUGAGGGGUCCCGAGUACCUCACACAGAUGUGGCACUUCAUGUGCGACGCACUCAUCAAAGCCAUUGGCACUGAGCCUGACUCAGACGUGCUGUCAGAGAUCAUGCACUCUUUUGCCAAGUGUAUCGAGUUGAUGGGAGAUGGCUGUCUGAAUAAUGAACACUUUGAGGAGCUGGGUGGCAUCCUGAAGGGUAAAUUGGAGGAGCACUUUAAGAACCAGGAACUCAGGCAAGCCAAAAGACAGGAUGAGGACUAUGAUGAGCAAGUUGAAGAAACAUUACAAGAUGAGGAUGAGAAUGAUGUGUACAUUCUUACCAAGGUGUCGGACAUUUUGCACGCAGUGUUCAGCAGCCACAAGGAGAAAGUUCUUCCUUGGUUCGAGCAGCUGCUUCAACUUAUAGUUAAUCUUAUAUGUCCACAUAGACCCUGGGCAGACAGACAAUGGGGUCUGUGCAUUUUUGAUGAUGUGAUCGAGCACUGCAGUCCCUCUUCGUUCAAGUAUGCAGAGUACUUCUUGCGGCCCAUGAUGCAGUCUCUUUGUGACACCAGCCCUGAGGUUCGGCAAGCGGCUGCCUACGGCAUCGGAGUCAUGGCCCAAUUUGGAGGCGAGAGCUACAGGCCCUUCUGCACAGAAGCCAUUCCUCUCUUGAUUGGAGUGAUUCAAGCUGCAGAUUCUAGAGCCAAGGAGAAUGUCAAUGCAACAGAGAACUGCAUCUCAGCUGUUGGCAAAGUUAUGAGGUAUCGACCAGAAUGUGUCAUUGUCAACGAGAUCCUUCCUCAUUGGGUUUCAUGGCUGCCACUGAAUGAAGACAAAGAGGAGGCUGUACACACAUUUAAUUAUCUUUGUGAUCUUAUUGAAAGCAACAAUCCUGUUGUUCUUGGGCCCGACAAUGCAAAUCUUCCCAAGAUUUUCCUCAUCAUUGCUGAAGGGUUUGCUAAUGAGUCUAUCAAAGGUGACGAUGAUUGCAGCAAGAGACUGGCGAAUGUCAUCCGUCAAGUACAAGUUUCUGGAGGACUAUGGACACAGUGUGUAUCAGCCCUUAAUGAAACGCACCAGAAGGCCAUUCAGGAUCUCCUCAACACAGCAUGAGUGAUGCUCUACUCCUCUGACCAUCUUGUGAGAGAACUCGACUGGAAGUCCUCUUAAAAACCCUCCCCCACACCCACACGUGAUGAAACUGUAGCAUGACUUGAUUGUAGGGCUCAGUGGGCCUUGUAUUCAACUCCCCCCAUAUAAAAGACUUCCCUCUUUGUAGAAGAGACCUUCUUUGCUCAUUUGAGUGAAAGUGGGGAGGUGAAGACAGCCAUUGUCAUUAGAUGUUGAGGUAUUUCCAGUGUAGAAACCAUACUUUCUUCCCUUUUGGGUUACCUCAGUUCUGUCGUUGCAUCUUAAUGUCUUUUAAGAUCACAAACUGAGGAUGAGGAUCAUCUGGGUCUGACCUGCAUUUAGGCCCCUGUCACUGGGGUGACAAACCUUGCAAAAACUUGUUGAACCUGUGCCAAAAGUGUACGGGCGACAGGUAAUACCACUCAUUGCUAUCUUGUGUGUGGUGGGUGUGGUUAGUUUUGUUUUGUUUGUUCUGUUUUUUGCCUUUUUGUGCAUUUAAAGUUUGUUUUCCAGUUUUCAGUGGAUUCUAGUGAAUAGCAGUGACUUUGGGGAAGUGGGGUUGAAGAAAUCUGUUGGCCUUAUCAGGCAAUUGUGUGAUGGCUAACAGUGUCCUGUCAUUGGUUUACUCACUCCAUGAUACGAAAAUAAAAAUAUUACAGGUAAGGUA